UCCAACUUUCAUUUCUUUAAUUAAACCACAUAUAUGUUGUUCAUUUGAUUCCUCACUUUCUAAUCUGCAAAUCCAAAGAAAAAAGAAAUCCGAAGUGAAGAAUGUUAAUGGCGUUUUCUGCCUGUCGUCUCUUAGUUCUUCUUCAAAUUUUCUCAGCUUUAUUUCUUAGUCUUGCUCAAGAUCAGUCAGGAUUCAUCAGUUUGGAUUGCGGUUCGCCGAGAGGAACUACUUUUCGUGAGAGAACAACAAACCUAACUUACAUCUCCGAUGCGAAUUUCAUCAAUACCGGUGUUGGUAGAAGCAUCAAACAAGCAUACCGGACCCAGUUUCAACAACAAGCCUGGAACAUUCGGAGUUUUCCACAAGGCAUAAGAAGCUGCUAUACCCUAAACCUAACAAUUGGCGAUGAGUAUCUGAUCAGAACAAGUUUCUUACACGGCGGUUAUGAUGAUCAACCCACCACGCAGUUCGAGCUCCACCUCGGACCUAACCUAUGGACUACAGUUUCAACUACAAACGAGACCCAAGCAUCAAUCUUUGAGAUGAUUCAUGUCAUGAAAACUGAUCGUUUACAAAUCUGUCUGGUCAAAACAGGAGCCUCAACGCCUUUUAUUUCCGCUUUAGAGCUUCGUAAGCUCAAGAACACAACUUACUUGACUCGACAAGGGUCAUUGCAGCUCUUCAUCAGAGCAGACGUUGGCGCAACUGUUGACCAAGGCUACAGGUACGGUAUCGAUGUGUUUGAUCGUGUGUGGACACCGUACAACUUUGGGAACUGGUCACAGAUUAGUACCAACGAGACGGUGAAUGUCAACAAUGACUUCCAACCACCAGUGAUUGCUAUGGUCACAGCCUCUGUUCCAACAGACCCGGACGCACCUAUGAACAUUUCACUAGUCGGCGUGGACCGCACCGCGCAGUUCUACGUUUUUAUGCAUUUCGCCGAGAUUCAAGAGCUCAGUUCGAAUGAAACAAGAGAGUUCAAUAUCAUGUACAAUGACAAGCAUCUCUACGGACCCUUUAGACCGCUUAAUCUCACCACUUCUUCCGUAUUUACUCCUACCGAAGUUGUUGCCGAUGCAAAUGGACACUACACGUUUUCGCUCCAAAGAACAAGUAACUCGACAUUGCCUCCUCUUCUCAAUGGCAUGGAGGUUUAUAUGGUUAACUUGUUGCCGGAGCUAGAAACCGAUAGAGAAGAAGGUUGAAAUCUAUCAGCCAAUGAGCUAAAUGGUUCAAUACCUCCAACUCUCCUUGAUAAAGCACGAAGAGGAUCGAUUUCAUUAAGUAUCGAAGGUAACACCGGGCUCUGUUCGUCCGUUUCAUGCGCCACCACGAAGGAGAAGAAGAAAAACACGGUUAUUGCACCUGUUGCGGCAUCACUUGUUUCAGUAUUCCUCAUUGCAGCUGGAAUCGUUACUUUCCUUAUCCUUAAGAGGAAGAAGAAAGCCAAGCUUGGUCUUAACCCUAAUCCAGGUACCGGUACAACACCGUUACAUUCGAGGUCUCACCACGGUUACGAAUCCCCCGUGAUAGCCAAGAACCGGAAGUUGACUUACAUAGAUGUUGUCAAGAUCACAAACAACUUUGAGAGGGUUCUUGGUAGGGGAGGUUUUGGUGUGGUUUAUUACGGCGUAUUGGAUAACGAACCAGUAGCUGUUAAGAUGCUUACUGAGUCUACAGCACUUGGUUACAAACAGUUUAAAGCCGAGGUUGAGUUGCUUCUUAGAGUUCAUCACAAAGAUCUCACGUGUCUUGUUGGAUAUUGCGAAGAAGACGAUAAGUUGUCUCUAAUCUAUGAGUUCAUGGCGAAUGGAGACUUGAAAGAGCACUUAUCAGGGAAACGUGGACCGUCGAUACUUACUUGGGAAGGAAGGCUUCGUAUAGCAGCGGAAUCAGCUCAAGGAUUGGAGUAUUUGCACAAUGGAUGCAAACCGCAAAUAGUUCACCGAGACAUCAAGACAACUAACAUAUUAUUAAACGAGAGAUUUCAAGCUAAGCUUGCCGAUUUCGGGCUUUCACGGUCUUUCCCGCUUGGAACCGAAACUCAUGUCUCAACCGUAGUCGCUGGAACUCCUGGUUACCUCGAUCCCGAAUACUACAGAACUAACUGGUUGACAGAGAAAAGCGACGUGUUCAGCUUCGGUGUUGUUCUGCUUGAGCUGGUAACGAACCGACCAGUGAUAGACCAGAAAAGGGAAAGAUCGCAUAUAGGUGAAUGGGUUGGUUUGAUGCUAUCAAGAGGAGACAUUAAUAGCAUCGUGGAUCCUAAGCUUCAAGGAGACUUUGAUCCGAACACGAUAUGGAAAGUUGUUGAAACCGCAAUGACUUGCCUGAAUCCGUCUUCAUUACGGAGACCGACCAUGACUCAAGUCGUAAUGGAUCUGAAAGAAUCUCUCAACAUGGAGAUGGCAAGAAACAUGGCAAGUCGUACGAUGGAUUCGACUAACGAUGCUUCUUCGAUCGAGCUGUCCAUGAAUUUCACAACAGAGCUUAAUCCUAGAGCUAGAUGAAUCAAGUUCUAAUUUUAAAGGUUCCUUUUUAUGUAGUUCGAAGGCUUAUGAUACUAGUGAAGUAAGUGAGUUUUUACAUUAUGUAAAGGCUGUGUAGUUUAUCCACUACCUCUUUAUUAACUGUAAGAAAUUUGGUGCUAAUGUAACCUAGCUUGGUUAUCCAAUUGUCUAGUAGAUUUUUAAUUUUACCGCAUAUGUAUAAGCACAAUGGUAUAUGUUAAUUUUCCUUUUAGUUUGAAAGUUUCAAUCUUCUUAGUUA